CGGCCCUUCCCCUCCCCUGCCCUCCCCGGAUCUCAGACAGGGCUACGCUCGGCGAAAUCCCUGCGACGCCUGCGAGCUCGGAUGGACCGUCGCUUGGUGACAAAACCGCACCGCGACCAGAGAGGGCAAAGAGCCGGACCGAUCGGAAGGGGGGAUAUAAAGGAAAUCCAACGAUCUCCACUGGAGUGAAUCCCUCCCUCUUCCCCUUCCGAUAUCACGAUGGCCCACCGUUCACAGCGUUCCUCGUUGGAGGACAACCCAUUUGCCCCAAACUACCUACCGCCCCACUAUCGGGAGGAGUACCGGCUGGCUAUCGAUGCGCUGGUGGAGCAUGACUUGGAGGGAUACUACAACUUCCUGCAGAGAGCAGGCGUUGUGGACUUCCUCUCCCAACUGGAAGUGGAGCGCAUUAGGAAUACAGUGCAAGCACCCCGACAGAUCGCCCAGCCUGAGUUACUCUACUUGGAGUCUGAGCCCGAUGGCUCUUCUGAUACCUACUGGCCUGUCCACUCAGACCUGGAGGCCCCGUGCCUGGACCUGGGCUGGCCAAUGAACCAGGGCUUCAUUGGCCCCACGGAGGUCACCACAUUGGUCAACCCCUCAGAUCCAGAGAUGCCCAGCAUCAAAGAGCAGGCCCGCCAACUCAUCAGAGGUGCCAACCAGGUGAUCGCCGUGGCGAUGGACAUGUUCACAGAUGUCGACAUAUUUUCUGACCUGCUGGAUGCUGCGGCGCGCCGUGUGGCCGUCUACAUACUGCUGGACGAGCAGAACGCGCACUACUUCUCCACCAUGGUAACCAACUGCAGAGUCAACUUAGAGAUGGUUCAGUCAAUGCGGGUGAGAACUGUGUCAGGAAGCACCUACUUCUGCUGCACAGGAAAGUCCUUUAAGGGCCAAAUGAUGGAUCGCUUCCUGAUGGUGGAUUGCAGGGCUGUGCUGAGUGGGAACUAUAGCUUCAUGUGGACGUUUGAGAAGAUUCACCGCUGCAUUGCACACCUGUUUCUCGGGGAACUGGUCAUCACUUUUGAUGAGGAAUUCCGGAUUCUUUAUGCUCAAUCUGAACCACUGGUCAUUGAGAAUUCCCUGGUACCAGUACCAGUACCUGAGAAAAGCAGCUAUGGUGUCAGGCAGCUUUUGAACCCCAAUCCCAUGCAGAUGCGAAACCCCAGAGAGUUUCUGCACAUAGAGAGCCCCCACUUUUCUGAACUGCUGGGCUAUCCCAUGGAGGACCAUAUGGAGAUGGAACGCAAUAUGCCACUUCUUAGGAGGAAGGAACCCUUCCGUGGUUUACAAGACCAUGAGGCACUACAGAUGUACAGUAAUAAAUACUCCUCUCAGCAGUUGAGGAUGGAGCGAUCUUUUCUGGGCUAUGACCGGUCCGUAAUGGCCGCCAGGCAGAUGGAGAUGAACACCUACAAGAGGCAUUGCUAUGCAGAAGGGAACCAGGAGAGCUAUUCCUCCUCACGGCAAAUUAUGAAGCAUCGAAUCAGAUACCACCCAGAGGAUGUGGAGUCCCUUAACAGCUACCAGAGGGAGCAGCACUACCACCAAGGAGGAGGUUCUGGUUCGGGACAUGGCAUGUACAAUAAGCUACAGGCCCGUGAACAUGCCUAUGCAGAUCAGUAUUCUGAGCAGUAUGAAUACCAGCCUGAGUUAGAGCCACCUGAUAAUUAUAAUCGUGUGUUGGAUUAUGUAUCCUCUGAUUCGUCUAGAGAGAUCAGGCACGGUUAUGAACCAAAACCAACUCUUGUUGAGGGCCACUGUGGCCGAUCAAGCACAAAGAGGCCAAGCCUUGGCCAGCCAUAUCCUUGCCAGAGCUCACCUGUUCAAUCACAUCCACCUGACCAUAAGCAGCUCUUUGUUAAGUCCAAUCAAGAUCACCAGACGCGAGACCCCAGUGUUAAACAAGGGCUGCGUAGGUGGAGGAUCAGCUCAUACCUCAGUGCUUUAGAGGAUGCCACAGAUGAGGGCAUGCCAGAACCCCUAGGUCCCGACGCCUUUGACGAACCAGUACAUCAAUCAGAGGAAGAAUCGUAUGGUCUAGAAGCUGAACAUUCCAAGUUUAGUGCCAGAGACCGUCUACAGAUUCCCACCAUAAGGCCAAAUCUGCUCCCACGCUUCGGUAAGCCAGUCCUUAAAGCACCUGAAAACCAGCCUUACUUAGGUGCAGCAGAGACGGCAGAAGCAGUGUCAGAUUCAGAUUCAGGGUCAGCAUCCAUCACUGGGGGGGACAAAGCUGAGGAGGUGGAGCUCAGGAAACCUAGAGAGAUAGUAAGGCAUGAGUCUUUUCGGAACAGGGCCAAUCUUUCUGUCCUGAGAAGCUCCAGACUACGAUCUUCUUUGAUCUUCAGCUCUUCCCAGUUGGAGCAGCACUUUUCCACAGAGAUGAAAUCUGCUACAGAACUGAAGCAUAAUGAAAACCCUGUUGAAGAAAAGGAAACUGAUCCACUGAAAACAUCCACUGUGGUUGCUGAGAUUUUGGGGAAGAGGAGAUUUAUGCCAAGAGAGCACUAUGAUUGGAGCAUUCACAAGCUGAGGACUGCACAGAAUGCUUCUUCAACCUCAAUAAAUAAAAUGGAUGAGUGUAGUGAUAUUUCUGAUGAGAAAAUGAACCUUUAUAAAGCCUCAUCUGAAAGUUCACUUAAAUUGAUGGAGAUGCCAGACUGCACUAAUAUUUCAGAAAACAAGGACAUAUCCAAGGAUCCAGGACAAGACAAUCAGGCCAAUGUUGCACCUCAAGAAACAUCAGAGAUGGCAGCAGGGGAGACAUCCAGACCCUUGCAUGAAUUAACAUCAUUCAUGAAUAUGAAUGAUCCGGAAGCUAGGUUAAAAUAUUUUAAAGAAUUAGCUGCUAAGCGAAAAGCUUCGAAAACUGAAAAUAAAUGUGAAGCGAAAAACCCAGAACCUGGGUUUCUGUCCCAGGCACUAUCUAAAAAUUCCUCAACAACACAUGUAGGUUCUGGCACCACAAGUGUUUCAAAGGAACACAAAGUACCAAUGGAUUCUGCAAAUGAACGCACAACGGAACAACCUAAGACUGUGCUGGAGGAACCAACUAAAUUCCCCGAAGGCUCUCACAAAGCUUCAGAAAGCACAACCUCAUUCAUGAAUAUGAAUGAUCCGGAGGCUAGGUUCAAAUAUUUUAAAGAAUUAGCUGCUAAGCGAAAGGUUUCAAAAACUGAAAAUAAGUCUGAACCAAAAAACCCAGAACCUCCUGUCAGAAAUACAGCUCUGUCCCAGACACCAAAUACAAAUUCCUCAACAACACAUGUAGGUUCUGGCACCACAAGUGUUUCGAAGGAACACAAAAUACCAAUGGAUUCUGCAAAUGAACAUACAACGGAACAACCUAAGACUGUGCUGGAGGAACCAACUAAAUUCCCCAAAGGCUCCCUCAAAACUUCAGAAAGCACAACCUCAUUCAUGAAUAUGAAUGAUCCGGAGACUAGGUUCAAAUAUUUUAAAGAAUUAGCUGCUAAGCGAAAGGUUUCAAAAACUGAAAAUAAGUCUGAACCAAAAAACCCAGAACCUCCUGUUAGAAACAAAGAUCAGUCCCAGAUACUGACUAAUAAUUCCUUAACAACACACGUAGAGUCUGGCACUACCAGUCAUUCUAAGGAACACACAAUACUAAUGGAUUCUGUAAAUAAACUUUCAAAGGAAAAACAUAAAAUUGUGCUAGAGGAACCAGUUAAGAUGACAGAAGGGUCUCUCAAAGCUUCAGAAAGUUCAAUCUCAUUUAUGAACAUGAAUGAUCCAGAGACCAGGUUCCUGUAUUUUAAGGAAUUAGCUGCUAAGCGAAAGGCCUCCAAAAUCGCAUCUGAAUCAGUCGCUAAACCUUCUUUAAAUACUACAGACCCAUCUGAAGCUUCAGCAGUUGGCAUUAAGCCUGAGAUCUCAGUAACAGGGUCAAAACCUACUGUUUCAAUUUCUGAAGUCUCACAGAGUCAAGCUGUGGCUCCACCGGUUCCAGAACCUUUGACACUUGAUCGUCUGGGGCAAGACAUAAAGAAUGCAAGUCAACAAGAGCUUAACCGCAUAGCUGAGGUGGUCAAGGUGGAGCCAGCAGUCAAACAGCAAACUACCGUUUUAGGUGAACAGGACACUUUGAGAGCAUUCAUGUCAACAUCUACUGCUGCUUCUGUUUUGUCUUGCAAUGAGGAGCUUUUGCAAGAUGCUACUGAUGCACAGAAGACUCAGCUAAUGAAGUCACGCCAUCACAAUGCCAGCAGCAUUUUCUUUUGUGAGCCAAGUAGGGCAUUAGAAAAGAGUCAGGGGUCUGGCUCAUCUCCCGACACCAUGCACCUCACUGGAGAUGGUAAGCAGGAUCUUGAGGUCCAUGACCACCUUGACAGUCAAGUUCAGAAAGUGAAGGAAAGAGAAAGUGAUGCUAAACCUGUAACUGAGGAUGUAUCGACUCUGACUGUAAUCACUGGCACUGAAAAAUCAGAGCAGUUAGCCAGUGAAGCAGAGCACGUCUCAGUGCCUGAGAGCAGUGUUGAUGUACAUGGGACAGUUCAGAGCAAAGGGGAGGAUGUCACCCAAAGUGCACAUGUUUUAACAUCCUCAAGAAACAGUCAGUCCCGUUACCAGGCCGCCACCACAAACAUUCUGUAUAGCAGUAACCUCCGGGAUGACACCAAGGUCAUACUAGAACGGAUAUCUGCAAACAGCCAAAGCAGGAUGGAGCUGGCUAAGCAAGCUGCCCCCAUCACGGAUGAUGCCAAAGAGGGUGACAAUGUGCACAGUGCAGACAAGACCCCGGAAGGCGUGGCAGCUGGGCAGAGCGCAAGUCACGUGCAGCACAACAGGGCUAACCCUCAGGACAGAGAGGUCCUUUUGAAGAGGAUUGAGAACAUGCGCAAAGAGAAGAAGGUCUACAGUCGCUUUGAGAUGGGAUCAUGAUCUUGGAUGACAAAGCAGAGGGUGGGGAAAGACAACAGGUGCUUCACAAAAGAUCUAAGGGUCUUCUGCUGUGGAUCUCGCGACCAGAAGUACGACUUUGGAAACAUGUACAAAUAUGCGUGCGCAACGCAUCUCGUUGGUUUUGGAAUGUGACUGCUCCUGCCACAACUUCAUGUCUAGAACAGUCUGACUGCAUCCAUAAUGUAUGUAUUAUGUGUAGGUUUCAAUGUGGACAUGACUGUUGGCAUAUGGUGUGCGGCCCCAUCGGUGGGGAGCAAGCAGACAAUACAUGUACAUACAGUACAGGCAGGUACACCUGCACGAGCAACCUCAGACAGUCACUCAGAAUCCUCCACGGCAGGCAAACGCCGGGCCACCGCCUUGUAGUUAGGGACCACAGCUGUUCCCCACACACAUCAAGCAGGGUAAUUCUGUGCGGGACACCUAAGGGUUUUUGUUAUUUAAACCAAUGUCUGUGUGAUUUUUUUUUUUUUUUGGGCCACAAAGUGCAAUGCAGUUCAUAUCACCAAUAGUCAUUGUUUACAUUAAACCUCCCAUGCGCCUUAAGCCCUUCAAGGCAGAGAUUCAUAUGCAGGUAAACAGAGAACAUCGUCAGCAGCAGGGUGGUUUGGAGGUGCAGUGCUCAGCACCGUUCCCUUGCUCCUCUGGGACCGGGGUUCCUGUCUCCACCUUGGCUCCAUGCGUGUGGAUUUUGCAUGUUCUCCCCGUGUCGUUAUGGGGUUUCCUCUGGGUACUUUGGUUUCCCCCCUCAGUCCAAAAAAAUGCAGAGAUUAAUUGGAGUUACCAGAUUGCCCAUAGGUGUGCCUGUGUGAGUGACUGGUAUGUGUUAGUGUGCCCUGCGAUGGGCGAUGGGUUGGUGCCCUAUACCGGAUUCUUACAUACCCUGCACCCAUAGCCUCCAGGAUAGGCUCCAGACCCCCCGCAACUCUGAACAGGACAAGCGGUUACAGAAAAUGGGUGGAUGGAUUGUCUGCAGCACACAGACUCCGCUAAUACAUUGAAAUGAAAGACACUCGUAUUGCUGUGGUUUGAGGCGACGGUGGCAUGUUAACAGAAGUAAUAUCAUUGUUAUUGUUUCUGAAUGAGUGCAAUAUGAUUUACGUGUGGCAAAGUCAAACAGAUGACCUGCCCCUCAACACUGUGGGUUACAUAAUUAUAUUAAUAAUGUUAAGAUUGAAUCUCUAAUCUGCGGGGUUAGCCAGUCACAGGCCUGGGGGGCGGCUCCAGAGCAGGACUGAUGUUUAAUCUGAUACAUAUAACCUGUUAGUGACACGGAGACCUGACUGCCGUUUUAAGCACCAUGGAAUAAUGCAGCACUGUGUCUGAAUUCAGUCGCACCUGCGGUUCCAGUCACCAUAUGACCUUUGCCGCAGUGCCUUCUGUAAAAUGCACUUUUUAACUGAAUGUUCUCUCAGAGGAAAAACAAGGUUUGUCAUUUUGUUCAUGGAACCACUAUCAAAAAGCAAUAGUUCACCAUGAACCUAUGUAGAUUGACCUUUUAAAUGUUUCUAAUGUUCUGUACGGGGUUUUCUUUGUAGUAGAUUGUGGAAAUGUUCCUUCCGCAGUGCCAAAACAGGGGGCUCACUAUCUGUCACGAUUAUUAAGGGCCAAAUAUUCUAAUAAAGGGCUAGCUUUGAGUAUUGCUUGUCCGUUAUGAACUUUUUUGGUGGAAAAAUGAUUCUUUAGUUUCACACGCCAGCUACUUGCAGAUGUUUGAUUAUAAGGCCUUAGGUCUUCACUGCAGGUUUCCAUGGAGACAGAACUGCCUUGAAUGCUGCCUGCUCGUCCCACUUUCCUUCUGCAUUAAUAAUGUUAGCUGUUGAAUCCUGUCCCUUGUAAAUCCUGCCUCUGUCUCUGAUCAGCUAUGCAAUUUCUCCUCAUAUUUUUUUUAGUUAUUAAGACUGAGCUGCCAGUGUCUGCCUGCCCCCCAUCUCUUUACCCAUCGUGUCAGUUUUCUCCUGCCUACAGCACAUCUCUAAAACUUUUUUCUUUGAUAUUUCGCCCCCAGUUCCUCACCCAUUUAGCCAGAUCGCCUGCCUCUGGCAUCGUUCCAUUGGAUUUAAAUAACUGCUGUUCUCACGAACUCUGGUUUAGAUUCUGUUCAUAGCCACAGUUCCCAGUGUGAUGCUCCUACAGUCUGGAACUUACUUCCUCACAGUGGCUGGGACACUUGGUCUAUUUAAACCCUGAAGUCUCUCCAAAAAUCACGCGUUUUUACUCAGUGCUUCCUCUCUCUCUCGAGUUGCUAAUUUCAGAUGCUCAAGCCCCCCCCCCCCCCCCAUUUGUUUAACUUUUGUUUUAUCUUGUUAUUAUUUACCCUCUGUACACUCCAUGUAUUUUUGCUCAUUUAUAUACUUGUAUGCUGUUAUGUGACUGUCUAUUUUUUCUUUUGUUUUGAUUUUGUAAAGCAUCCUUGAAUAUUAGAAAAACACUAUAUAAAUAAAAGAUUUCUAUUAUGA